AUGUCAAGUACUGAUGGUGUAGAACUAUCACAGAAAAAAAUUCAAAUUGGGAGGUUAGCUGACCUCUCAAAACCAGAAUUAGCGAAGAGAGAUAUAUUUGGUAGGACGAUACUACACUUGCUUGUUCUAACAAACAGAUACGAUCUCUUGAAGCGUCUAUUUAAGAACCCAGACUUCAAGUCCAUAUUAUCAGCUACUGACUACGAAAAUGGUUGGAACUGCAUGCAUUACAUGAUCUUUCAUAAAAAGCUCUCAAGCUUUAAGGCGCUUAUGGAGUACUUUAAGGCCCUACAGAAUAAUACCCAGUUGCACGAGUUGUUAAGGUGCAAGGAUAGGAGCAGAAUGACUCCAAUGCAAUUAUUAGAUAAUGAUUUUAAGGAUUUAAUGUGGGUGCCCGAAUACAUAAAUGAAAAAAACGAAUAUCAUUUACAGUACAGAUUUGCCAAUGAUUCGAUGACCACCGAUGGGGCCCCAACAAGACCUAGCCGGGCAUCUAUAAGAAGCAUCAAUGAUUGGUGGGAUCCUUCAAGAGGGGGAUCUGACAUCUUCGUUUAUGGUUCUAAUAAGAAUAACAACCUUGGGUUAGGAGACUCUAAUGACAGAGCAAUACCUUCAAAAGUUCCGAGUGACUCGUUCAUACAACAGGAUCUUCAAGGCGAUGACUUUGUUCAAGAAUUGCUAAGCAAACAAAGAUAUAACAAUGUCAUAAUAUCAAAGUACCACUCUCUUAUAGUGACUCAGUUUGGUGAAGUGUACUCUAGUGGCUUGGGAACCAGAGGUAGGUUGGGCCAUGGGGUCAACAAUUGCUAUAAGUUCAAAAAGGUUCUCUUUGAUGAAGAUGACGAGAUUCAAGUGGUGGCAGUAGCUUCAUCAAAUAACCAUACCAUUGCUCUUUCUCAUCAGAAUGAGAUAUAUGGAUGGGGAUUGAAUAGUUACAACCAACUAGGCUUCACAACGUUGACAUCGGCUACAUCUACUUCAAAUUCAAUAGGCUCUCUGUCCAGUAAGAAGUCUUUAGGAUUCACCGAAUUCUGCGAACCCUUACCGAGAAGAAUUUUGAAUGGAGAAUUAAAAAAGGCAACUACAUCUUUCAAAGGAGUAAUUGUCUCGAAGAUUCAUUCACUUGUAUAUACAAAAAACGAAAUAUUUUCCUGGGGACUCUGCAUUGGACAAAUGGGAAUUACGGCGGAUUCGACUUCAAUCCCAGGAGAACAAAAGAUUAAUGGCGUAAUGCACAAGGGAUACGUCCAGGAGACUCCCAAAAGAUUAACCAUGAGAGAUGAUAUUAAACUCAUCUCUACAUCUGAAACAUGCAUGUGUGUGGUGACUGUUGACAACGAUAUUCAUAUAUACUACCAACACCAACAUAUUAAGCUACCAAAGAUAUCGCAAAGCAACUAUAAUAACAACAGCCAAUUCCACUUAUUCAAACCGACUAUUCUAACGAAACCUGUUACAAUUAAGAAAGUAUGUGUUAAGAAUAAUGAAUUAGUAGUUUUCUUACUAGAUAAUGGGGAUAUCGUUAAGUUAGAGGAUUUUAAGAACCCAAGAUAUGUCAAGAUUUGGAAAGCUCACAAUUAUGAUAUGAUUGUAAUGGAUUUUGACUUAUCAAGCAUUGGAAAUAUCAUAUUAUGUACUAGAAAUGGGUCUGUUUUUGUAAAAAGAGGUUCCAACUAUACAACGGAUGGAAGUAGCAGCACUAAUCUGGGCCACAAUUCCGGAGGAAUUGUUGUGAAUGCCCGUAAGAAUUCUAUGAGUGAAUCUUCUUUAAGCACUCCAAUAGUAGGAAGUGGUGUUAAUAAAUUCAGGCAAAUAGAUCACUUGGGGAAGAUUGUAAAAGUUUCCUGUGAUGAUGAGUUUGUUUCAUUCGGCUUCAUUAGAGAUGAAAUUGACUCAAUACCUCAAAAAUUGCAUAAAAAUACAUUUUUCAACGACUUAAUGUUUCUUGAAGGCAUACAAGAGCAUAAUUUGUAUAGAAAACAGGACGAGCUUUUCAUUGCAGAUGGACCAGGCAAUUCAUAUGUUAAGGAUUUCUUGUACACCGUAAGAAAGAAAAAUACCAGGGAAAGACAGAGAUCAUUGGUAAAUAAAUAUAGGAUUGAUGAAGCUGACGACGAGGAUGAUGAAGAAGAGACUGUGCAGAAAACUGCUAAAGCUGAAGGUUAUACAGACAUAUUCUUUCAGAAACACAAGGAAAGAUUUUCUACUAAGCAUAAGAAAAUAAACAUGAUUGAUACAUUUCAAAACGUUUCUAAACUUGAAAGGCAACGGAUGUUUGAAGACUUGAAAUAUUCCACUGAAGAAGACUUGCUUACUAGGCUCGAUGAUGAAAAUAGUAAAGGCUUUGACUCUUUCAUAAAUUUAGCUGGAAAUGGAUAUGAUCCAUCCGUAAAGAUUGGAUUUCAUAAAUUUAUAUUUCUGGAAAGAUCUAAAUUUUGUAAGGAAUUGUUCCAGCCUAAACAUGCUGAUGAAUAUUUCAAGGUCAAUGACAUUACAGGUAGAUUUGACGCUCUGACUAAUGAGCUUAUUUUCAAUAAUCACAUCAACUUAAAAUCAAUUAUCAUACUAAUUCAUCUUUUGUAUACGAAUGAUGUAUUAAAUAUUUGGGACGACUAUCCGAUAGGUAUACAUUGUCCCAGGGACAUAAAGGAGAUCAAAACAGAUUUUGACAAGUUGGUUACGAUAUUGAAAUUGUCUCAGGCUUAUGGAAAAUUGUGUAACGCUGAGACGUACUUGAAGAGUUUAAGCCAAUCAAUCAACUGGAAUGAUAUGGGGCAAAAAUCGAAAGCAGACUCUUAUGAUGUCCUUGUCAAACUCAAAGAUGGCUCAAUUUGGUGUCAUUCGUCCAUGCUCAUUGCAAGAUCUGCGUAUUUUGAAACUGUACUCUCUAAUCGUUGGGAUACUAGUUGCGAUAGAAUUAUUAAUUUUGAUUCUAUCUUGAAGAAUCAAUUCGAGGUAGUAUUAAAAUACAUCUAUGGGUACGAUGAAACUAAAAUCUUCGAAGGAUCUCUUGGUCAGCUGGAAUACAGUUCAGAUGAAUUCAUUAACAAUUUACUUGAUCUUAUUGAAAUUGCUGAUGAACUACUAUUGUUUGAAUUGAAACUGUUGUGUGAAUUAGCGAUCAAGGAUCUCAUUAAUAUGGAUAACGUCUUGAUCCUUUUACAACAUGCAGACUUCCUAUCAGCAAAGAAAUUGUUUAUGAAUUGUGCCUGGAUUCUAUAUAAUAAUCUUGAGCUUUUGAUGUUUAACCAAUAUUUCAGGGAAUUGCCAUUAGAACUCUUAAAAAAAGUUGAAGUGCAAAUUAAUUUUAUUUCCAAUUGUAAAAGACAAGAUUUUGUGUCCUAUGGGGAUGGUAUAAUAUCACUUGAAGGAGAGGUAAAUACAAAAUUACUUGACGAUUGGUUCGAAAGAAAUUCUUCUCAAUUGGUAGCGGCAUUUCUCAAUGAUACGGAUGAUUUUAAUGAAAACUUUGUUCAAAAAAUAGGUAGGAAAAAGUUUGAACCAUUGUUUGAUAUAAGGAAAGAUAGCUCAAAGAAGAAGUCAAGAUCUGUAUCCAUAGAAAAAUCGAGAACACCUUCCAUAUCUGAUACGAACGAUAGAAGUUCCUCUUUUAGUGGAGCUAAUACCGAGCUUCAAUCAGGAUUGGCCACCUUUAGAAAUGGGUCAAUUGGAAGUCGACUGAGCAUUAAUAAUUCUGCAAUUGAUGAUGAUGCUGAAGAGUUUGAGCAAGUAUCAAACAGUAGAAGAAGAAAGUCUAGCACUCCCUUUGUUGCUGCUCCUACAUCUAUGCUGCAGGCGAAAUCAUUACCUGAUCCUAUCAAUGCUGGUAUGAGCUUGGUGGGGAACUCUCUUUCCAGGAAUUCAUUUUCUUCAGAGAGAAAGCCUUCUUUGCCAGGGUUAAGUCCUCAUUCAAAUUGGGCAAAUCCGGCUACUGGUAAUCUCAAAGAUCAACCUAUACUUGGUAUUGAAUCCGAGAAGAAAACUAAAUUAAAAGUUGCUCUGGUUCCAAGGUUAUCUCAGAAGGAGAGAAAGAAAAAAGCAUUGCAAAUCAAUGAUCUGCAACCAAGUCCCAUCAGCAGCAGUUCCUCCACUCUCCCUCCUUGGGCGAUUCCCUCAAGCAGUACUACCUCCAAAUCACCUACCCCAUCACCGAGUUCUUCAUUAUCAUCUUCAUAUACAUCGGCCAGCAACUGGGCAAAUUCAACUUCAAAUACUGUUCUUCCAGUACUUGGAUCUGGUGGUAGCAAGACAUUCCAGAAGCAAAAGAUGAAAAAGAAUCAGCCAAGGCAGGUCAAAUCAUCUUCACCCUCACCUCCUCCCGUCUCUCAAAUAUCACCUUCCUCAUCGUAUUUGUCAUCCAGCGUACCCCCAGGUCCGACCUUAGCAGAAAUUAUGAUUCAAGAGGCAUUGAAAAUUGAAGAGCAACAAAUUCGAGACAAAGAAAGGAAAUCUUUGCAAGAAAUUCAACAAGAGCAAGAAUUUGAUAAGUGGUGGAGUGAAGAGACAGCCAAAUUCCAAAAACUUGCAAUAUCCACCUCACAAACCACGAACAGCAACAAGAAGAAGUCUAAAAAGAGGUACAAUUCGAUCAAUUAG